AUUAAAUAAAUGAAAUCAAAUCCAGUUUAGAUUACUAGUUCGAUUUUUACUUGCCCAAAUUCUUUAUUUUGGAAUAACAGUGAUGUUUAAAUUAUGAAAGAAAAUUUCAAAGAAGACUAUUUUCUCUUUUUCUCGAAUAAUAAACUAACUUAUUUCAAUAAGCCUAUUUAAAAAGCUGGUUCAAUAAUUAGGAAACAAAAAAAAAAUGUAUUCCUAAUUUCAAUUUAUUUUAGGGUCUGUAUUAAUGGUGUGAUGUUAGUAAUGCAAUAAUUGAAUUAAUCCAUAUACAACAUGUAGGAUAAGGUUUGAAAAUAACAAAAAAUUAACAAAGCAUUCAAUUUUUUGGGUAUGUAGAAGCAUGGUUUAAGGAUUUAAAGAAAUUUUGUAUUCAAAAAAAGAUUAAUGAAUCGUAUAUAAUCAAUAAUAAAAUUGGAUGUGGAAGUUAUGCGGAUGUAUUUAUAAAUAGAAAUAUGAUUUAGGUUUAUAGAGUAACUCGAAAGUGUGAUGGAAAAGAAUUUGCAUCAAAAAUUUAUGAUAAAUCUUCAGAUAAGUUCGAUUUAGAAUGUAUUAUUAAGGAGCUGGAUAUUCUAAGAAAAAUGGAUCAUCCAAAUGUUGUUUAACUUUUAGAGACUUUCGAAACUUAAAAAUAUAUAUUUCUUAUAACAGAAUUAUUAGCAUAUGGAAGCUUAGAUGAUGUAAUUACUUAGACUUCAUUUUCAGAAGAGGAAAUUUUGAAAGGAAUGUAUAAAAUAAUAGAUGCAUUAUCAAAUAUUCAUUCUAAAGGAAUUAUACAUAGAGAUAUUAAACCUGAAAAUAUUUUAUUUCGAAAACCCAAUCUGGAUGAUAUUUUGAUUUCUGAUUUUGGUUUAGCUGAUUAUUAUAAUUCAGAAGGUUAAUAUUAAUAUUAAAGAUGUGGAACACCAGGGAAUAUGGCACCAGAAAUUCUAAAUGAUCAACCUUAUGAUUAUAAAAUUGAUACUUAUAGUGUUGGUUUAAUCUUUUAUUAAAUGGUAAGUUUUGGAAAAUCACCUUUUAUAGUAGAAGAUUACUAAGAAACUUUAAUUAAAAACUAAUUAGGGGUUAUUGACUUUUCAGAAAUCAAUGUAUCACCUUAAAUAAAAGCUCUUUUAUAAUAAAUGUUAGAAACUGAUCCUCAAAAAAGAUGUACAAUAAAUGAUGCGAAAUCUAAUACACUCUUUAAGAAAUUCAACAGAAUAACAAUAAAAAUAAAAAGAAAAAGAAUUCAAUAAGACCAAACUGUUUCUAAUAAUAGUCUUAGAAGUACAUCAAUUUAUUAGACUUCAUCUAAUUCUCCACCUAUUCCUAAUAAUUCUAAAUUUAAGAUUAUAGGUUUAAAUACUUUACAUUCUUUGCCAAAUAGAGUAAGAAGUAUUGAUAGUCAACUCUUUUCUUCUCCUAAAUCAUGCAAUUCUGGAGGAAACAGUUCUAAAACUUCAUGUAAAUAAAGAAAUCGAAAUUUUAAGAUCAAUGUUAAAAAUAGCAUUUAUCAAAGUAUGAGUACUACCAAAGCCAUUUGA